CUGGGUCGCGAUUGGCUGGUACCCUUGUCCCCGGAGCUCAGGGGAGCUCGCGCGAAGGCUGAAGGGAGUGUGAGCGCCGGCGGCCGGGGGAAGGCGGAGAGCCGGUAUGCCUCGGUAUGCGCAGCUAGUUAUGGGCCCCGCGGGCAGCGGGAAGAGCACCUACUGUUCCACCAUGGUUCAGCACUGCGAAGCCCUCAACCGCUCUGUCCAGGUGGUCAACCUGGAUCCAGCAGCAGAGCACUUCAACUACCCUGUGAUGGCUGGUGAGUCCUGCACAGCGUCCCCUGGCACUGAAAGUGGGCUGCUCAGCCCUGAGGGUGUGUGUUCUUGGGAAGCUGCUAGAGGAGGUGACAUCAGUGAGUCAGAUGUUGUAACUCCACCUACUCCUUUGAGGCGGGUUCUCCACCUGAAUCUGGAGACAAGCCCCAGCAACCUUCCGUCCUCCACUCCUCAGCACUGGAGUUACAGACAUGUCUGUGCCCAGCUUUUUACAUGGGUGCUAGAGUUUCACACUCAGGUCUUAAUGCUUGUGCAUCAAGCACUCUUCAUCUCAGGGCGUCUUCCCAGCCCCACAGACAUCCGGGAACUGAUCGAGGUGGACGAUGUGAUGGAGGACAGUUCUCUGCGGUUUGGUCCCAAUGGAGGAUUGGUAUUCUGCAUGGAGUACUUUGCCAACAACUUUGACUGGCUAGAGAACUGCCUGGGACACGUUGAGGACGAUUACAUCCUUUUUGACUGUCCAGGUCAGAUUGAACUGUAUACACACCUGCCUGUGAUGAAGCAAUUGGUCCAGCAGCUUGAACAGUGGGAGUUCCGAGUGUGUGGAGUGUUCCUUGUUGAUUCUCAAUUCAUGGUGGAGUCUUUCAAGUUUAUUUCUGGCAUCCUGGCGGCUCUAAGCGCCAUGAUUUCUCUAGAAAUCCCACAAGUUAACAUCAUGACAAAGAUGGACCUGCUGAGUAAGAAAGCCAAGAAGGAAAUUGAGAAGUUUCUAGAUCCAGACUUAUACUCUCUGCUAGAAGAUUCAACAGGUGACUUAAGAAGCCAAAAAUUCAAGAAGUUGACGAAAGCUGUGUGUGGCCUGAUUGAUGACUACAGCAUGGUUCGGUUUCUGCCAUAUGAUCAGUCGGAUGAGGAGAGCAUGAGCAUCGUGCUGCAGCACAUCGACUUUGCCAUUCAGUAUGGGGAGGACUUGGAGUUUAAGGAGCCAAAGGAACAGGAAGAAGAGUCUUCCUCCAUGUUUGACGAAUAUUUUCAAGAACGGCAGAAUGAGUGAGGUUGACUACACAGUGGCCAUCUGAUUGUGACCCUAGGAAUGCUUUUGGAAGAGGUGACCAUGGGAAGCAGCUGCUUGUAAACAAUGCUGGUCUCUCCCUGGAGUGAGCCUGGAUUGUGCUCUGAGCUCUGAAACCACUACUCUUUCAAGAAGAGAUUUUAUUCUGACAGCAUCAUUUUGGAUUUAAAAAAAUUGAAGUAACAAUUUAUGCAGAGACUUUAUAUAAUAUAAAUCAACCUGCCCUACACAUCUCUUGUUCUUGUGUGUGUGUGUGUGUGUGUGUAUGUAUGUGUGCACACUCCAGUGCACUUGAGUCUAAUUUUAAUUUUAUUUACAGUUGGAUUUUUGUUUUUUGAGGGAUUUUCUUUUGAUUGAUUUGUUUGUUUUUGAAGAGGUACAAUUAUUGUAACAAAACAUAUCUCCAAAUGAAAAAAUAUUGGAAGGGUAUAUAUACAUGAAUCUUAUUUUCCCAAAUCAAACAUUAUUUAUACAAUUAAAAAUUAAAACUGUGUUUUGAGA